CUUCUUUCAAAAGAGAACUAUUAAUAUUGCCCCCACCCUCAACCAUCCCUCGGCUAAAUGGGGGAUUACAGAUUUGCUUUACAGUCAUCUAGCAAUAAUACUGGAUUUUCGCCGGCGCUGGAGUACCAGAACACAGCUAAUAAUAACGCGUCUUUGUUUUUUCCCCUUUCAGCUCCGCAAACCAUGCAGGAUGAUUUACUGAUGGACAAAAGCAAACCCCAGCAGCUUUCACCAAGGUCAGAGCAAAGCACCGAAGCCGCAGAAACCCCCAAGUCAGAAGAGAGCUCUGUGAGUAUAAACGCCCCAGUUUCUGCCCAGAAUAAAGAGAAGACGCAGAUGGAAUCGCCAAUUUUGCCCGGCUUGAGCUUUCAACCUCAGGAGCCUGGUACCUCCUUGUCCCCUUCGUUCAGUACGUGGUCCACCGGCACGACCAACACCGUAGAUGAUAGCUUUUUCCAAGGGAUCCCGCCAGUGAAUGGGACAAUGCUGUUCCAAAAUUUCACUCACGUCAACCCGGUUUUCGGUGGCACUUUCUCGCCGCAGAUCGGUCUGGCUCAGCAGACGCAGCACCACCAAGCCGCCCAACAACAACAGCAGCAGCAGCAGCAAAGGAGGUCGCCGGUCAGCCCGCAGGCUCCCUUCGCCCAACGCAGCGCCUACAGCCACCAGCCCAUCAUGACAAGCAAGCCCUCCUCGGCUUGGAACAACCACCAGAACACGACCUGGAGCACUGCUCCCAACCCUUGGAGCGGGCUACAAGCCAGGGAUCCCCGGCGAGCUGUCGGGGUGCCAUCUCCCCUCAACCCCAUCUCUCCGCUGAAGAAACCCUUUUCCAGCAACGUGAUCGCCCCUCCUAAGUUUCCUCGAACUGCACCCACAUUAAAUCCCAAGUCUUGGAUGGACGACAACGCCUUUAGGACGGACAACAACAACGGCAUGUUGCAAUUUCAGGACCGGAAUCGGCCCUAUGAUGCAUUUAACUUGCACUCUUUGGAGAAUUCCUUAAUGGAUAUUAUGAGGAGUGACCAUGAACCUAUGAAAGGUAAACACUAUCCCCCCAGUGGCCCACCAAUGACUAUUGCCGACAUAAUGUGGAGGAAUCACUUUGCAGGACGCUUGGGCCUUAAUUUUCCGCACCCUGGUACAGAUAAUCUUGUGGCAUUAAAUAACACAAGGACAUUUGGGCGAAGAAGAGGUCGGUCUUCUCUCUUUCCUAUUGAGGAUGGUUUUCUUGAUGAUGGUCAUGGUGAUCAGUCUCUGACUUCAGGGUUAAAUUCUCCAACCCGUUGUCAGAAUGGUGAAAGGGUGGAACGCUAUUCACGAAAAGUCUUUGUGGGAGGUCUCCCUCCAGACAUUGAUGAAGAUGAAAUCACAGCUAGCUUUCGUCGAUUUGGACCGUUGGUGGUGGAUUGGCCUCACAAAGCUGAAAGCAAAUCCUAUUUCCCACCGAAAGGUUAUGCCUUCCUGCUAUUUCAAGAGGAGAGCUCCGUGCAAGCCCUGAUAGAUGCGUGCAUCGAGGAAGAUGGAAAGUUAUACCUGUGUGUUUCAAGUCCUACAAUCAAGGACAAACCGGUACAAAUUCGACCCUGGAACCUGAGUGACAGUGACUUUGUGAUGGAUGGUUCUCAGCCUCUGGACCCAAGGAAGACUAUCUUUGUGGGAGGUGUACCCAGACCACUUCGAGCUGUGGAGUUGGCUAUGAUAAUGGACCGGCUGUAUGGAGGGGUCUGCUAUGCAGGCAUUGAUACAGAUCCCGAGCUGAAGUAUCCAAAAGGUGCUGGUAGAGUGGCUUUCUCCAAUCAGCAGAGCUACAUUGCUGCUAUAAGUGCUCGCUUUGUACAGCUGCAGCAUGGGGACAUUGAUAAACGGGUGGAAGUCAAGCCAUAUGUCCUGGAUGAUCAGAUGUGUGAUGAAUGCCAGGGUGCCCGUUGUGGAGGAAAGUUUGCUCCUUUCUUCUGUGCCAAUGUUACCUGUUUGCAGUAUUACUGUGAAUACUGCUGGGCAAGCAUACAUUCACGUGCUGGCAGGGAAUUUCACAAGCCUCUUGUGAAGGAGGGAGGCGAUCGCCCACGUCACGUCCCAUUCCGCUGGAGCUGAAGCGUCUUAAAGUCUACGAACACGUACAGGAGAGGAGAGCGCUGCCUCAGGGCUGAGAGGCUUCUGGAAAUUGGUGCAUUCUUCCUCGGAUAAAGAAUGUUUGUUUUUUGUUUUAUUUUGAAGUCACAUUACUGAACUUGUCCAAGAUUGUCUGGUAUAUAAAAAAAAAUUCAGAGUAUCUGUACUGAAUCUGCACUUUGGCUCUCAAACAUUUGCUUGGUACCUUUUUUGUUUUGUAUUGAACUUUGCAUUGUGAUUUAGGAGUUGUAGCUGAUAUGACAUCAGCCACUGCCAGGUUGGCGCUCACAUAACUGUUUCCCAUGACAGGAGCAUGCACUUAUUUUCAGAAACUUAGACUUGCCCCUAGAAGACUUACCAAAGGUAACACACUAUAGGUGGCAUAUGUAGCAAAGCAUUCUUCUCAAAUAUUCAACAAUUAUACAUUUGGGAUAAUUUAGUAUACUACUUCCCCUAAAACAAGCCUUUUUUUGCUCUCCAUUUUGACUUGCAAGAAUAAUACCUCAUAAGCUCAAUUUGAUUUUGCUGGGGGUUUUUGGUUGGGUCUUUCUUAGUGUUAUGUAAAUGUAUGCUGCAAUAGCUUUUGCUGCUAAAUAAAUGGUAUUGCAGAUAUCAUAGUACUUUAUCAGGCUAGGGUAAUAAAUAAUUGUGGAGCAUAAUGCUGUCAGGAAAAAUGCAGUAUAGCAUGGAGCAAGCUCCAGAGGAAGGUCAGUAGUUUUGACUGCAUGUUUACUUAACCAGGUUGCUGCAUGCAAUAAAUUUUGUGUAUCAUGUCUCUUAUAUCUGCUGACAACCUGCCCACCCGUGCACAAAUUAAUAAUGUAGGCAACAAAGAAAGAAAUAGCGAUAUGAGAGAAUUGGGUAAUAACUGGAAGAGGGCAUGCCUCAAUGUGAAUGCUUAUGGAGUUUGAAUCUGUGUCCAUUCAAGCAUAAAGGAUAUCACAAUUACUUAUAGAUGUAGGAUAUCUUGAAGUUAUGUUGAUGGUAGGUGAAGUACUCUGCGGUGAUCACUUAUAGUGCAAUUUUUAUAUAGCAAGGUGAUUAUGUAUAGUACUGUGAUUUAAAAGUAACCGUUGUAAUGUCUGACAUAAGAGUAAGUGAUGCUUCAUAACCAGUGUAUAAACAAAGUGAGCUCAGUUUAAAAACAAUCUGCUGCUUGCACCAUUUACAUAGCUUCAGACCUUGUCCAAAAAACCAAAGAGCUCAUACACUACCAAUAUAUUUGUCAGACUGACAAAUGGGCACAUUAGGAAAGGAAACUAAUGCUAAAGAAUUGUCUGCACAAAAGUCAAAAUGGAGAUGUCUGCUUUCUGGUUCAGAAUAAACUCCCCAAAACCCUGAGUAUAUCCUGCAAAGCUUGAAUUCUAAUAAGAUCUGCUAAUUAGUGGACAUUUUUUUAGCAUGUAUAGUGGGGCUGCAGAUUUCAAUCAAACACAGGCUAAGUGUACCAAUAGUGGGGGUUUGUACACAGUGACAGCAGCUCUGGGGACAAUCUGACUGGAUAUGACGCCGCAUAGUAGAUUUGAUACUAAUUGUUGAGUCAUUUGUGUGUUGUGAUGUCUGUUUGUGUCCAGUAAGUCUUUCUUUUCUUUUUUUAGUUUAUUUUUUCAGUAUUUAGUUGCAAGUAUUGGCAUUGAAAUUGAUUUUUUUUUCAAAAAAGAAGUUACUUUUUUACUGGUAAAUUGCUUAUUAUCCCUUUGGAGGUUAACUUCUGGGCUUUUUGUGAUAUUGCUUUCUUGCCCAGGUAUGUUUUUCUAUAUGUUUUUUCAUUAUCUGUAUAAGACAUUUGUUAUGCACUACUUUUUGUAUCUGGACAGUUUUCAACAGUCAGCUGAUUUUUUAAGGCGUGCUUUCUGACUGACAUGAUCUUUUGCAAUACCUCAAUUUUGAAAUAUAGGAAAGAAAUUGAUAUUUUCUAAGUAAGUUUAUUCUAAAAAUAUAUAUUAAUUUAAUUCUGCAAGGAAAUGAUUUAACAGAUGGGUAAUUUUAUUUUUUUCAUGCUUAUUUGCUUUUUUGGAAACUGAAGGAGCUAGAGCUUUAUAACUUUAAUAUGGAGAAUUGUAGUUAGCUACAGUACAAGACUUUAAAGAAAAUCUACCUAAAUGUGGAAAAGUGAACAUUUAUAAACCGUUUUCCCCUUCUUAAUAUAAUUUAAUGUAUGAAUUUGAAAGCUGGAAUGUAAAGAAAUAGUUUAAAAACAAGAUGGCUUAGAAUAGACACAUUUCCAUGGGUGCUGGAAGCUGAGAAGAAAGUGAAAUAAUAAAAAAAAUCACUUAAUUUGUAUAUUUAUCAUUAACCCUUUAAGUACGACUGACCAGAAUUGUGAAAGAAUUCUUCUGUUCAUGUUAUUUUUGUACAAAUAUCUUUUUAUGUUAAGUUAUAACAUGCCCCAAUUUGUUUACUUGUUAAUGAAUUUAAAUGAGGUCCUUCAUAUUGAGAAUGUUAUUUCUAAGGUGUUCAAAUUGUAACUUGAUUUAGAGCCCCUUGGUGCAACAGGUCCAUAUGCGGCCUUCUCUUGAUAUUGGAGACUUGAAUUAGUCAAUUUUGAAGGCUAACUUAACCUCAACUCUUUGUUGUAAUGUGCAAUACUGUUUGUACUGUUUGUAAAAAAAAUCAAAAGCAUAAAUCUUUAUUGAAGAUUUAUUUUCAUUGCAAACUUUAGACAUUGCGAUUCACAAAAUCAUUUUUCUACUGUCAAAUGUGUAACUUUUCUUCAUGCUAGUAUUUUUUCAAUAGUAAUGUAGCCUUUGUACUGAUACAAAUAUUCAUUGUUAUUUUUAGAGAGAUUUUUGCUAAAAGCAGAGGAUUUAAACAUAUUUACAUAUUUUUCAUUUUUAUUUUAGUUAUUUUUCUUUACAGACUGCUUUUCUCACCAUAAUAGUCAUUUCUGGGAGAGACUUUCAUAUCUGGUCAAUGUCCAAUAUUAUUUUGUAUUUUUACUUGGAAUAAAUUAAUUUUAUGAUGCUAAUUCUUUAAAGUUUUAUUUUCAGUUUUGUUAUUUUUUGGAGCUGAAACAUUUGUAAUAUUGUUACUAAAGUGUCUAGUUUUGAAAUGCAAAGCUUCAUGUAUUAACUUGCUGAAGUGGUUUACAGUAGUGUGGUAAUGACAAACGGCUGACAAUGUAGAGUGAUUGAUGUAAUUGAAUGAAUGGGCAAUAAAAUGAUCAGAAUGGAGCAGACAAGAUGUUGUGCUAUUGUCGAAGGCAGCCGGGACAGGGGUGGGGAGGGGGGAGUGCGGACAUUGGUGGUGGAGUGCAAAACUUUAAUUGUAUGUGGGGAGUCUAACUGUCUUGCUGAGUGAUAAGGCAUGGAUUUUUGAAGAUGGUAAUUGCCUUUUAUUUUGUGAAGGCUGGAUGUUUGCAGCAAUCACUUUUUGUACUGCUUUGUACAUCUACUUGAUCUUUCUUUCUGUUACUAACCAAUCUUUUCCUCUCAGUCUCACUUAGUUGCUACAGUGUUGAAAAUAUGCCACCAAGUAUUUAUAAAUGCAAGCGAUUACUAUAUACCCCAAAUGGGUAGCUAGCCGGAAAUUGUAGGUAAAUGUGAAAAUUCAGCAAAUUUUUUUUUUUUGCACAAAAUUCAUAGCUAAUGCACCAUUUUGGUAUUGAGUACAUUCACUUAACAUUAAGGUGCUACUACUAAAAAUAUAAUCUAGCCAAACUUUUCUGGAUGUAGUUGUAUUGGGGUAUACAGUACAAGUAUUUGUAACUUUGCUGUUAAAUAAUGGAAAACAUUUUUAGAGUGUUCAAAGCUAGGAUGUCUGUUUGUUUCUAAACAAACUACUAAUUUUAAAUGUAUCUUUUACUGUUCUCCUAGAUUGUUUAGCUAGUACUCUUAACACAGCAUAUACAUUUUGGCUUGGACUAAUGCUUGUACGGAACUGCAGUACUGUGACUAAACAUGGAGCUCAAUCAAUGCUGCUACUGCUUACCAAUGCUUAAGUUUGUAGUUUGGACUUUAAUUUUUCUGUACUAACAAGUAAACUUAUUAAACUUAGUUGUAUGAAGCA